CUGCAUACACAUACACGAUCGAGGUAGGGGGCUGGUUUUUAUUUUUAUUUUUGCUGACUAGACUGUGAUUGUGUGAUUUAUUAUCAAUUAUUAUCAACGAGAGUUUAAGUUCAUCGAGUAGACUUGGCAGGAAUAAAAAGAGUCAGAUUGGUCAAGAUGUCUUUUUUGGGAAAAGUUGUCCUGAUAACUGGCGCAAGUUCUGGAAUUGGAGCAGCAACAGCACUUCAUCUUUCGGAGUUGGGAGCCUCCCUCGCUUUAACGGGUCGCAAUGUCAAUAAUUUGCAAGAAGUUGCAGAUAAAUGUAAAGAUCCACGGCCAUUCAUUAUUACUGGGGAGAUAACGAAUGAGACCGACGUUGAAAAAAUUCUCAACUCCACAAUCAAACAUUACGGAAAAUUAGAUGUUCUAAUUAACAAUGCGGGAACUUUGGCCAGUGGAAGUAUCGAAAAUACAAGCUUGGAACAAUACGACAGCGUUUUCAAUACAAAUGUCCGUUCGAUUUAUCAACUGACGAUGCUCGCUGUUCCUCAUUUGAUAAAAUCCAAAGGAAAUAUUGUCAAUGUCUCGAGCGUUAAUGGAAUCAGAUCAUUUCCAGGAGUCCUGGCUUAUAACAUGAGCAAAUCAGCCCUCGACCAGCUAACUAGAUGCGUUGCUUUGGAACUUGCUCCCAAACAAGUUCGUGUGAAUUCUGUGAAUCCUGGAGUGGUUGUAACCCAGUUGCACAAGAGGACUGGAAUGUCCGAGGAGGAGUUGAAAAAUUUCUUCGAACAUAGUAAAAAAACCCACGCAUUAGGUCGACCUGGAGAUGUGACUGAGGUUGCAAAAGCUAUUGCAUUUUUGGCUAGCGACGAUGCUAGUUUCAUUACCGGUGAAUGUUUGCCCGUUGAUGGUGGAAGACAUGCCAUGUGUCCUCGUUGAAUAUUGUCUGUUACAUGCACAUUUUGGUAUUUAAAAAAUCAAAUUUUAAUACAAAAACACAUUGUAAGUGUAGAAACCAAAGUGCAGAUUUCAUAAAAGAUGUCCAGGUAUCAAAAACUGGAUUUAUUUUUAAUAAGCAAAAUGUUAUUUUAUAUUCUUAUGUAAAAAAUAAAACAGAUUCAAAACUG